AUGGAAAACAUCGUCCCAAACCCUAACCCUAAUCCGAAGGAAAGUGUUCCUUCUGCGAUCCAGUGCCCUAUGCUAAUGUCAAUGAGUUACACGUUGUGGGCUAUGAGAAUGAGAGUUCUUAUGCGAAUCCAUAAGGUGUGGAAAACAAUCAAACCUGGUUCGACCGAUCCUAACAAGAAUGAUAUCGCCAUAGGACUCAUCUUUCAAUCUGUCCCGGAGGUUCUUAUUCUGCAAGUCGGCGUACAAGACUCUCCAAAAAGGAUAUUUGAUGCGACCCAAGCAAGUCAUCUAGGAGCUGAUCGUGUCAAAGAAGUGAGGCUUCAAACCCUAAUGUCCGAGUUCGAGAGAAUCAAGAUGAACGAGUCGGACAAGAUAGAUGACUUCGCGGGAAAGUUAUCUGAACUAGCUUCAAAAUCGAUUUCUCUAGGGCAAACAAUUGAAGAACCAAAACUUGUGAAGAAGUUUAUCAACAGUUUACCUAGGAGUAAGUUCAUUCAUAUCAUCGCCUCUCUCGAGCAGGUGUUGGAUCUGAAGACGACGAGUUAUGAAGACAUAGUAGGAAGGCUAAAGGCGUAUGAAGAAAGAAUUCUCGAGAAGGAGAAUCAUGGAGAUACCCAAAGCAAGCUACUAUACGCUAACUCAGAUCAACAAAGCUUUUCAAGCUCAAGAGGGAGAAGACGUGGUAUAGGAGGCAGAGGAAACAGAGGACGAGGAAUAGGAGGCGGGUCUAACUGA